AUGGCUUCCUCCAUGGACUUCCUCAAGGCUUGCGAGAACCGCAGAACCAUCUACCAAAUCACCGACAAGAUCCCUAUCUCUGAUGCUCGUGUUGAGGAGAUUGCUAGACACAACAUCCUUCACGUUCCCAGCAGCUUCAACUCGCAGUCUACCCGUAUUGUUGUCUUGCUCAAUGACGAGCACAAGCAGUUCUGGGAGUUCGUUAAGGAGGUUCUGAAGCCCCAGGUUUCUGAGGAGCAAUUCCCUCAGACUGAGAAGAAGCUUGAUGGAUUCAAGGCUGGUCACGGCACCAUCCUCUUCUUGAACGACCCCAACCCCGUCAAGAAGCUCCAAUCUCAGUUCGCUACUUACGCUCAGCACUUCCCCGGCUGGGCUACUCAGUCCAACGCCAUGGCCCAGUACCACCUCUGGACUGCUCUUGAGGCCGAAGGCUGUGCUUGCAACCUUCAGCACUACAACCCUAUCAUCGACCAGAAGGCACAAGGCCACUGGAACAUUCCCCAGGAGUGGGAACUCCAGGCUCAGCUUGUCUUUGGUGGAUAUGCAGAGGGUGCCCGCGAGGCUGUCGAGAAGGGCGGCAAGCAGCAGCAGCCCAUCGAGGAGAGACUCUUCAUCCACGGCGCUAAGAACUAA